GACCCGGUCCACGCUGUCCCAGUCGUCGUGCGCGGCCGAGCCAUCCAGCACUCAGUCCCAGCGGCUGUCAGGGGAGAUAACGGUGUCGGCCGUCUCCUUCUGCGGCGUGCUCGACACCGUGGCACAGAGGGCGGCCGGCGACCUCUUCCCGCGGGCCAGUGACGUCAGAGGGACGGAUAGUGACGUCAGAGAGACGUAUAGUGACGUCAAACCGCCGCCCAGUGACGUUAAACCGCCCGGUGGACAGAAGCCUGGAGGCAGUGGCCGUGGGUCGUCCGCCGCGGCCGGACGGGGUGGGAGGACCCGCCGGACAACCAGAGCCUCCACUAGAAGCUCCCGUUCGACCCGUUCCUCACGGCAGUCGGCAGUCUCGGCUUCGGAAGGGUCUCCGCCUCCGGACGGUCAAGAACCGGCCCGACCACCGACCAUCGACCUCUCGCGGUUUGCCAGGGGUGCUCCAGACCCUUCGCCCGUGCCACCGCCAGUCUCUGAUCCGGGAGGCUCAAACACUCCAGCAUCUGCGGCGGCAGGUUCGUCUGACGCCUCGUCUCCCGCUCCUCCGCCGUCUGUCACCGAUAUUCCGUCGGCAUCCACUGCCCAAGUGUCUGCUGUGGGUGUCUCCACGAUUUCGUCAGCGACUGUGGCCGACUGCCCUGUGUGUCUGCAGCCGCAGCCCUCGGCGGCAGCUCGCACAGCGCACAUUAAACUAUGCGGAGAGCGGCGCGGCCUCAGUCCCGCUCAGCUGUUGGCCGCUGUUCGGCUCCAACAGAGACAGGCCGGGGAGAGGGCGGCGGCCGGUCUGCCGGCCACGCGCUCCGCGGCGCCGCCGGCCGCACGUCGCACCCGUACCGGACAACAGGGCCGGCGUCGCGGAGCGGUGGCGUCCUCUGCUGACGGUGACGCCGAACUACAGAUGGCGCUGGCCGUGUCCGCCUCUCUCCGGGACGAACAGGAGCGCUCCCGGCGACUGGCCGAGGCUCAGCUGCUCGAACUUGGGCUGGAGGGAGAGCUGGAGGCGGUCCGGGACAGCGGCGGCGCCGUGCCGCCCGAGCCGACCGCCCCCGCCCCCGCCAACGACGAUCCUCCAGCCGGUCGUAGCCGACGAGGCGGGAGGAAGAAGGGCCCCGCCGCCGCCUCUGUCCUCGUCACCCAGACCAAGGAGGAGCGGGACCGGCGGCUGUGCGAGAAGGAGGAGGUGAUUCCUGUUGAGCCCCGUCGUCUCCGCGCGCGGAAAGGGUCGCCGCAGCCGGCGGUCGCCUGGCAGAAGGCGGCACAGCUGCACAGCAGCGAGGGGGACUACUACGUUCCGGAGCUUGUGGGGCUGGUGGAGCCCUGUACCGCCCCGGUCACAAGUCUACUCAGGGAUGUGGCAGACAUACCGGGACGGGAAAGCCUCACACAAAAGCCGCCUGCAGAGGAACCAGACGAUGACGGCGGCGCGGAGGACAUGGACACAACAGCAGCGGAGGACCCCGCGGGGGCCACGCAGGCGGCGCUGCUGCUGCUGGCUGGCGACGCUGAGGACUCAGAGUCAUCCCAGCCGCCGGCUGAUUCAGCCGAACCACCGCACAGCCCUGGUGACUCUGGUGACCUCGGAGUCACGGCCGAAUCAUCGGAAGUGACCCCAAAGGGGGAGACGGUACCUAAGGAUGAAGAAGGUAGUGGGGUGGAUAAGGAUGCGGAUAGUAAUACUGUGGCUAAGAUGGACGUUGUGAUUGAGGACUCAGCGGAGACUGGAGAGGAGAAAGGCAAGGAGCAAGGUCAGGAAAGGAAUGGAGUGACAGUGGAGGUAACUGAAACAACCGAACAGUCACAGGACGAGAAAACGGCUCUACUCAUAAGCAGGGAAAUCGAGACUGUGCGGGAUGAUGUCACCGACGUGUCGCUGAAGCCAGAGGAGCCAUCGCUAGUCCCUCCACAUGUUUCAGUUGGAGUUGGAUGCGAACGAAAGACCGAUCCCAUGACUGAUGGAGAUGGUCACCAGAAAUCACCAGCCCCGACUGCCACCUCAGUUGGUGUCGAUAACACGCACCAUCCCUCGCCAGUUAUUAGACGAAGGGCUCGUCUCAGCGGUCAGGCUGAUGUCAGGUCGAGAGGAUCUGGUAGUACUAGUCUCACGACAGAGCGGACCGGCAAGCAGUCUGGCUCCGGCACUAACACUAAUGAAACAUCCGCAGCCGCGGCCACCUCCUCGACUGCUGACACCAUCACAUCUUCUGAAUCUGUCACAACCUUCGCCUCCACUGGUACCACUACUACUCCACGCUGUGGCGGUACUGCGAAGAAAGCUGCCCUCUCACCAUGCUCCUCCCCGCGGCCGAUUCCGUCCACCCCCGACUCCGGCUCGCCCGCCCCCUCAUCAGACGGUGGGUGUUUCCUGGCGCCUGCCGGUGACCUGGGUGCCGCGCUGCUGGAGCUCCUACUGACAGGUCGAGGCCCCCCGGCGGAGACGCUCCUCUGUAAUGACGGCUCGGUACCGGUUCACGCGGCAGUGAUGGCCGUCCGCUGCCCGCCCCUGUACCGGGAGCUGAGUGAAGCCGGUGGACGGCUGUCGCUGCCGGAGGUCAGCCACCGCGCCGCCGCGGCUCUGGUCCGGCUGCUGUACCUAGGAGAGAUUGUGUUCACCAGUGGUAGCACGCCGCUGCCGCAGCUGCUCCUCCUGGCUGAGAGAUUUGAGCUGCUGGAGCUGGCGUAUUAUCUCAGACGGGAGCACGGAGUGACGAUGCCGGAGCCUGUGAAGGAGGCGGAGCUGGUGAAGGUGACUGAGAGCCCAUUUGGGCCGUCGUCUCCCGCGCCGGCCGAGACUUCCAUCGACAGGCCCCCGCUCAGCCCCGAGCUGUUUGACCUGACCGCGUCGGACGGUGGAGAGGACAUGGAGGAAGGUUCACCGGUCCAUGCCACCGCCUCAGAGUCAGACAGAGAACAGUCACCUCACCGGGACUCAGACAGUGACGUGGUGUGCUCACCAAACCAGUCUCCCCGCCGGGUCGGGGCUAACACAGGACUCCAGUCCCCCUACAAACGCACACCUGGUACUGCAAGGUCAGGAGGAACUCCGAGGAGACGAGAGAGAACGCUAUCGGAUAGAGACAAGACUCCAGUGCGUGAUUUGGGCACUCCAUCGUCUGCCCGCAGGCUGUCUAGUAGAGACUCAAAUCCCGCUACCCCCAGCACUCCCCGACGAGGACAGAAGCGUCUCGGCAGUCCCUCUCGCCGACCCGUCUCUCCGGAUGACAUCUGUGAAGUGUUCUCGUCUCUGUCCAAACGGCGGAGGACCUCAUCACCAGCUACACCGUCACCAGUGAAGGCCCGGCUCGCCUCUCCGAGCACCAGGCGACACCAGGGCGAAUCUCGGUUCUCCCGCAUCCCAGUAGGGCGUCUUUCGUCGUCCAACACCCUACAGAAGGUGGGUUCAGGGUCUCAGGAGCCACCACCGCGCCCCGUGUCAGCCGAUUCGGAUAUAGAGAUCUUAGACGAGGCACCGAUGGUGUUCACGCAGAAAGUGAAGUCACCUCGUCGCUCCAGCGGACUGGAAGGAGACGGCUCACCAGUGAAAGAGGCAGCAUUGGAAAGCGGCGAUCAGAGUGAUCAGGGCGGAGAUUCUCCAUCCAAGGCGCAAACAGAAGCUAGUCAGGCACAGUCCCCCGUCGGUGGCGUCUCUCCCCUAUCCUCGCCGUCUCGUUCCCAGCCGCGGAGACAAACCGAGUUGAGAGACGACUCGUUCGGUUCCUCACCGCUCAUCUCCAGACGUCAGGAACCCGCUGCCGACUCGCAGAGUCCACCCUCACCGCCGCCGACCGUUGAGCGACGCGAAUCGGGAGUGAGCGGAGCUGGCUCGCCCGUCACUCCCCGGCGUCUGCCGACGGAGUCUGACCGUCCUGAUACUGGUGGCGCUGCGUCAUCGGUGGCCAUGCCUCCCUGCUCACCGGAGAUACCCGUUCCGUCCUCCGGACUCUCCCCUGACCGGACCUCAAUCGGCCCUCCAUCGCCUGAGGUCCGUCAGAAGUCAGAAGUCUCCCCUCCUCGACCACCUAGUCACCGAGAGGGUAGUCCCGGACCCGCCCCAUCUCCCCCGUCCGACCCACCGCCUGCGGACGUCUGGGAUGGUUUCGAAGACUGCGGCUACAUAGAACUCAUCGAACCGCCGCCGCCACCUCUGGGUACUCCUCUCCGUCCUACCGCUACCGCUACAGCUCCAGCCACCGAUACGGAGCCGCCGGCAGGACCUCGCUCCUCCCUGGACAACUCUGAGCUCUGGGGAGACUCCAGCCUCCUGGCCGGUUACGUCACCCCGACUGAGGCAGAGACCACGACUACCUCGCGACGGGCGGACUCAGGGAUUCAUCCGUUUCACCAGGAGAACGCUGGUGAUUCCAGGGUGCAAUCGACGGGAUCGGACACCCCAGUGAGCAGACUUGGAGGAGCCGAGGUUCCGGUAGGGAGGCCAGGGGACUCUGAGACAUCAGAACGGAGGUCGGGCCAGGCAGGAGCUCGGUCUGGCGGGACGGAUGAUGCUGGGACUCCUGAGACAACCAUGGCGCCGCCGCGGCCACCGCAGCGGACUCCGGUCAACCCGUACCGGGUGGUGCUGCGGGACUCGAACACGCCGCGGCCCAACUACGUGCUCAUGCUGACUCCGGAGCUGAAGCGCGAGCUGGCUCGAAUCGGCGUCAAGCCCAUCUCCCGUCGUAAGGCGGUGGCCCUGCUCUCCCACAUAUACGAGGAGACCCACCCUCCGGCGACUGGCGCCAGUGGUGGGGGUCAGGCAGCCGCCUCACAGCCUGUAACCUCUACCGCUGGCUCCAGAGGAACUUCUGCUGCUGCCAGCUCCAGCGCUGCCUCCACCAGCUCCAAAACCGCUAGAGUCAAGGCCGCCGCCGCCCCCAGCGUUAGCUUUACCUCCCGACCCCGCGCGGCCUCGCCCAGCGAUGGUCCAGAGUCGGGCGGUGACGGGGAGUUCGCCCGUCCCCGGGAGCCGUCUCCGACUCGGGACGGGGGUCGCUCCGACUCUGACUCUGACUGCGAGUCGUCCGGCUCAGAGGGCGCCGCCGCUCGCCUGGAGGAGACUCUGAGUCGCCUAGGAGAACGGCUGGAGCGGGAGGAUGAGGAGGAGGAGAUCACGCCGUCACAGGCAGCGUCCGCGGCGGCGCUGCCGGAGCGGCUGCGCUCCUACAUCCUGUCUCGACCGGAGCUGUACCACCAGGUCCUCACCUACGAACCCGUCUGGCUAGAGAGUCUGCACAGAGACCUGCGACAGAACGGCAUCAAACUCAGCAUGGCGCAGCUCAUGGAUUUCCUCGACGAACAGUGCAUCACCUUCCGAACGGAGAAUAGCGGACGACGGCGGAAAUCGCCCAAAAAGAAAAAAUCCCCAAAGAAAGGAUCGCCGAAAAAGCGAGGACCGUCGCAAAAGAAGAGGUCGCCCAAGAAGAAGGCGAGCUGACAGCAGCCAUCAUAGACUCGCUUAAUUGAAUAGUCAAUGGAUAUUUAUUGUUGCUAGGGAAUGUUAACUUGUGGUUGUGACAUUACUCAUCAGUCAUCGGAUCUUCAUUUAAUGAUUUCAACGUCUGUGAUGCUUCCCCAUACCUUCGAAAGGGACUACGUCUCACUUCGUUGUGCCUGCCUGCUUGUAGUCACCAUGUGAUGUUGAAUGGACCCUGUUACCUGCCAUGUGACUGUAGACGUAGUGCUUUUAUUGGGUCGUGUAUGCGUCCAGCAGUGAUGUGAUGGUUAAUACAGUUGUGCGUCAG